AUGAGCAGUCUCAAUUCACUAUAUAGACUCGGAUACAACAGAUGUCGUUAUAUAGGCUGUGCGGACAAAAUGAUACUGGAUAUGCCUGGCAUAGACAAUAUGAGGGAACGGCUAUUGCGAGUCAAGUGUCAGUCGGUUAUCGCAAUAGUGGACCCAUUUGUGAUGUCAUCGAAGGACAACUGGAAGAGACACUUCCGGACGGAAGUGAUAGACAACAAGAACGUGCACUUUUGUCUGAGCAAUGGGUGCGACUUCAAGACCACGAUCCAGAAGGACAUGCAGUUUCACGUGCGAAAGCACCAGAAGAAGUGCUUCCCAUUUGUUUGCAAAGCGUUUAACUGCGAUAAGGCCUUCAAGACACGAGCGGCGCUCGAGGAGCACGAGACCAACCAUAGGUGCGGCUUCGGCAUCGAUGGCAUGGAGGACAUCGGCAUCUGUGGCCUCAAUGCCCUCAAAGUACACUAUCAGAUGAUUGUCGAUAACAACAAGUUUAAGUACUGUUGCAAAUGGGGUGACUGUCAUUACGUGAUCACCCGACUUGACUGCAUCGAAAAGCAUGUCCACCAACACGUCUGCACCUUUAAGACCCCGUAACCCCUCCCCCACCACCGACUUUGACCCCCUGUCACCGCCACUGCUAUUACUUCCCUGACCCCUAUCAUCCUAUUUAUCCCCUCCCUGUCCGUGAUUUUGGUGUACCGAUAGCCCUGCUAUU